CUAUCUUGUCUACUUGUGCACGCUGUAAGAGCAAUACGAACGUGGACGACCACCAGCAUUUGUACAGGGUUACCCUGGUACCAUCACAAGCGUGUCUUAUUACAGGAAUCAUCAACUUUUAUGGAGAUUGAGAGUGUCACAGUAGGCUGCAUUUAUAGCCCUGCAGUUAUUUGGCCUCUGGACCUCACACUCGUGAUCCGAAACAUGAGGAUAAUAUGAAACGAUACAAGGACUUUAAUAACAGGAAAGUGUUUUGAUGUUUGAUUUCACUUUCUGUCUGACAUGGAACCCUCGCAAGCUUUUGAAUCAUACUGGUGGCAGAAGGAUCCAUCCGUUACCGAGGCAACGGCAAACACCCGAGGUGGACUGGAGGAAUUCAACCCUUUCGAAGACACAAAUAAACAGCAAACUCCUGGUUCAAAAACAACUCCAGUAGCAGCUCCUUUACCAGUCAAGCCUCAGCAACAGCCCGCCGUGAUGGCACCUACGUCGGAGUUACCGCCGGCCUAUACACAGUCAGCUGCUCAACCAGCUGUAACUGAAGGUGCAGCAGAGUUGCAGAGGAGACAGGAAGAGCUAGAAAGGAAGGCCGCUGAGCUCACAAGAAGAGAACAACAAAUGAGAAGUGCACAAUACAACACACGAGAGAACAACUGGCCACCGCUUCCCAAAUGGUUUCCACUCCAGCCUUGCUUCUUUCAAGACUUUGCUGUUGACAUUCCCUUGGAGUUCCAGAAGGUAGUCAAACUAGGCUACUAUCUCUGGAUUGCCUAUUGGCUAGUACUGUUCAUCAACCUGUGGAUGAGCCUCGCCUACUUUGCCGGUAUUGGGGGAUCAGGAGCGGGGCUCUGUUUUGGAUUGGCCAUCCUCUUUAUGGUCCUACAUACUCCAUUUUCCUUCGUCUGUUGGUUCCGGCCAUUAUACAAAGCUUUCAGGAGUGACAGCUCCUUCAACUUCUUUCUGUUUUUCUUCAUUUUUUUCUUCCAAUUUAUGGUUACUGUUGUGCAAGCAAUAGGCAUUGAUCAGUUUGGAACAGUUGGUAUCAUUAAUGGUCUAUCAAUGAUAGGCGCUGGUAGCAAAGGAGACAGCAAUUCAGGAAUGGUUGUUGGUGGUCUUAUGCUUAUGAUUGGUAUCAUGUUUGGCAUUGUGGCUGUCUUAGACCUCCUCUACCUGUUCAAGGUUCAUGCAUUGUACCGAGGAACCGGCGCCAGCUUUUCAAAGGCCCAGGAAGAGUUUGCAAAGGGCGUCGUCACCAACCCCGGUGUGCAAACCGCCACGAGACAAGCUGCGGCUAGUGCUGUGAGCGGCGCCACGACGUCCAUGUUCAGCUCGGGCGGAGGAGGAGCAGCAGCAGGAAACAAUAGGAUGUGAGCAGGAGACGCUUGAUAGCGGAGAGAUUGACAUUUCUAUCAAAGGACUGUGUAAUUGACUAAAUCUGGAGUAAUUUUUAGUUUCAUGUAUAGAGGUUAGAAGUUGGAGUUGACAGGGAAAGACUUGUAUAUCCUGAUUAAAUCCUGCAGUGACAUCAUGGAAGAAUGAUAUUCUGUAUCAAGCAGAGGUUUUUUUUAUAUGAAGAAGCUACUUUUGCCCUUUCAUCAAACAUGAUACAUCAAUCACAACUAUAAUUAACAAUAACAGUCAUACCGAGCAGGGAGAAAUGGGCUUGGCAUGUUUUAUUUCACUCUUUCUUAUUUUCUUUGUUUAAGAUUAACAUGCUCAAAAUGUUCAUAUGAAAAGUUCUUUGAACACACAGUGUAUGUCUUUAUAUAUAUUUAUCUUAUCAGCUUUGUCGUCGUACUCGCUCCUUGUGUAAUUGUCAUUCUUUGUGUGUGUCAAAGGUCAUUGCUGAGAUUCACAAGGUAUUUCUAAUGUAACGGUGUGCCGAUAGAGGAGACAUUAGACUGGACCAAUGUGAAGCAAACUGUAUUUUUUCAGUCGAGUUGACCUAGUGAAGAAAUGGCUUGAUUUUGGUGGUUUGGAAAUAUCAAGAUCUCCUAUCGCCUAUAUUCCAAAAUUGUCUGUUCAGACGCAGAAGGGCGUUCACUCUAUGUUUAAGUAUCUUCUUUCUGGCUGCGAAUAUGUUUCACUUUUCACUCCAAUUGGCCACAUUAAUUGGUUUAUAUGUCAGAGCCUCGUUACUUUUAUGCCGUCAUUUGGAACACUUUAAUGCAAACCAUUAUGAAGUUGUCACAUACAUCACGGGGGCGAGAACCAAAGUGAAAGGAAAAGUUUAAUACGAGCUUGUUUACGUUUUUUAAGUGCAAGAAAUGAUACAACCUAACGAUCUUCCUGAUUCAAUGACAGUCAAGAGGAAACAUGUUCUGUAAUAAGUGCAACAAAGAUCUUUGUCACCUUUGAUUAGGUUUAUUUUCAUUUUUAUUUAUUUAUAAUUUUCUUUUUAUAAUGUGGUCAGCUACUCAUUACUUCAGCUGUGACUACAUUUAUUUUCCCAUUCCAUUCCAUUUAUAUGUUCAGGGACUGUGACCUGUGAGGGUGAUGUCAACCCAAUAAUCUGUCAUAUUUUGUAAACCACUAACUACUAUAUUCGUUCACGUGGCAAUUGUGGACACUCUUUCUGAAUGGCAGCAUAUUUCAGACCUGUCUGGUUCAAUUUUCACAUUCAAAGGAAAAUCUUGUUUAAAAUCAAGUUUUGUGAUGAAGAGAUCAGAUGCUGGUGGAAAAUAUGCUGUUGGGUGCUCUCUUACAUUUUCUGUACCUCUUGAUGGGUAAUUUCUAUUUUGUAUAGUACCAGAAAUGUAUUUGAGUAUUGGUUUUGACCCAGAUUGAUAAUGAACCCCACCCCCCUUUAAACACAUUCAUGGAAUGUUGUGAAUAUAGGGAACAUGAAGUUGGCACCAAGCAUUGAAAAAUUGAUAGAUUUUAUAUGAAUUGGUUGUCUGUGUAUAACACUUGGAAGUUGUGUUCAGCCAAAUGUUUUAUAUGAUGUAUUUUUGUCGCAAAAAAGUUAUGUAUUAAAGUUAUGAAUUAUACUAUAUCUUGUGAUUGAUUUACUAAAAAUGUCUAUCCAUACAUAUAUAUGAUAAUGGCCUAUCAGAUAGAGACAAAUUAAAUGAAAAUGUAUUGUAUAAAGUUUGAUAUUAUAUGUUAUUGGUGGGUGGAGGAUCAAUGAAUUAUGCAUAAAUGUACAUUUCUGCAUUCAAGUUCUAACUUAUAGAAUGUCAAGGUCAUGAGAUGUUCUUCAAAAGAUCAAUGUCAUGAAGUAUUCUGUAUAUAACCUGGUAAGAGGUCAACAGAGAGGGAGUCCUCUCGUUGCUUUCUAUAUUAUUUUAAGAUAUCUCAUUAAAUAGGACUUAUUUUUUUUCUCAUUAUAUUCCUUUCAAAGCUACAUGUACAUGCAUCAUAGAAAGAAAAAUGAAUGCAUUGUUCAGUCAUUGUGAAAAGAAAUAUAUGUAUUCUAUGGUGUUUCUUUCACUGAGGGUACUCAAUAUAAUUAUACUCUAAACAUAUACUCUACGCAUUGCUUGAGAUAUGCCUGACAUUGCAAGAUCAUAAUCUUAAACUUGCCCUGAGACUCAAAUUAGUUGCAGAAUUCAGUAGACAAUCUUUUCCAUUGGUUGUCUGUUAUAAAAUGUUAUCAAUUAUAAAUCCCCACUUAAAACAGAGCAUAACCAAUUUUGCAAUUGAUGAACUUAGCUUUGAAAUACCAUCUAAGUCACUUUGCAUUAAACAGAGCAUACAGCGUGCAGAUAUUAUUUUAUGGAUUAUUGGUAUGGUAUCCUUCGUUAAUUCACUGUCAUGGUUUUCAUUUUGUAGAUACAUUUCCAUACAUUUUUGUUUGUAAUUGUAGAAAAAAAAGCAAUUUAUAGUACUAUUGUUGUAAUAAAGGAACACUGCAAUGGAUGGAUAAAAUGUAUUUUUCAGUAAGCUAGGUCUGUACUUGUGUUUGUUCCCUUGUCGUUAUAGAGGUUAUGUAGAUAGUUAUGCUAUACUUUGAUGAAUACAGUUAGUCAUAUUGAUCGAGACUGCAUUAAGAUAUGUAAAACAUACAAGUUGAAUGGGAGAGUGGCCAUGCAAGGCAAAGUUGGUGACCUGUUUACCAUAUGCCCACAUACAUGUAGCCAUGGUUUCACGUAAUCUAUUUUAGGGAGUGGGAUGGGUCCUGAUUGAGGUUUUGGAGGUCUGUAUGUGUGAUCUCUGUUCUAACAUUUGGAAAUUUGGGUGUUGGGAUGUAGCUUUUGUGUUGCAGUCGCCUUUUAGUGUUGAGUCCUAAAUGUAGCAUUCAUUUCUAGUUUACCCUUCAGUAAAGCUAGGCUGCAGACAGAUUAAAGUCAGUGGUGACAUACCUGUAGAUUGGGUUCUAGUUUGGCGAAACCCCCCUUUUUUGUAUUAACAAAAUAAAUAUUUCUACAGGUAAAUUGUAAAGGGAUCCGAAAAACAAGCAUUAUAAUGUGUAUGACAUAAUCAGAAUGAUUUAUUUGUACAAAUUUAAUUCGUCAUACUUGAAGACUGAAUGAAGUUAUUAGGUUUGUAUACAUAUAUGCAGAAAAACAUAUGGGGAAACAUUUCAUACAUAAUUGCUGUCCAUGUCAUGUUUAACUUUAUUUCUACACUGUAUUCUUGACUUGUUUCCCAUUAAAGACUUGCAUAGACCUAUCUGAUAUUAAA